UGUGUGAGUGCUGGAGGGGUUGGAGAGCUUUUUAUUGACAUGAUCAACAAGUGCACCCGAGUGGCUGGGUUACUGAUUACAGGUGAUGUUAUAGUCUGUUUGUGAUAAGACUCUAGCUUUAAGCACAAAGUCCUGCCAGGUACAACAAGCAUUCAGCUGCUUUACCACAUCCUUCCCAUCCCUCAUAGGACCACUGCUGCCUCUCAGGUCCUUUGGUGGUGUGUUUUUCUGCUUCCUUGCAUCUAUUGAGCACACAGCAGCAUCAUGAGUGUAGAGUCCAAAAAAACACGUGAGGCUUGCUGCUCCAACCUCAAGCUCUUCCUGGCCUCUUUGGCAUUUGUAUACUUUUCCAAAGCCUUUGGUGGAGCCUAUAUGAAGAGCUCCAUCACCCAGAUUGAGAGGCGCUUUGACAUCCCCAGCUCUCUCAUUGGGGUUAUAGAUGGCAGCUUCGAAAUGGGUAACCUGUUGGUGAUAGCCUUUGUGAGCUACUUCGGUGCAAAGCUCCAUCGUCCCAGGCUGAUUGGUAUCGGAUGUGUGAUCAUGGCCGCUGGAUCUUUCCUCAUAGCCCUGCCUCACUUAUUCCAGGGACUGUACAAGUAUGAGACCAGUGUGUCUCAGAGUACAAGUAUCAACAGCACACAUAGCAUCCUGCCCUGUAUGUCUAACCACAGCCUGGCCAAGGCAGAUGAGACACCUGAUUUAGAGACAAUGACAGCUUGUGAAAAGGCCGCUGGCUCGUCUUUGUGGAUCUAUGUAUUCUUGGGAAACAUGCUGCGUGGAAUUGGGGAGACUCCCAUCAUGCCUCUGGGUGUGUCCUACCUCGAUGACUUCUCCAGAGAAGAGAACACUCCUUUCUAUUUGGCCUGCAUCCAUACAGUGGGAAUCUUAGGACCUAUGUUUGGGUUCAUGCUCGGGUCCUACCUUGCCAAGAUCUACGUGGACAUUGGAUCUGUGGAUUUAGACAGUGUCACCAUCAACUAUAAGGACUCCCGCUGGGUGGGGGCCUGGUGGCUGGGCUUCCUAGUGACUGGCACUUUGAUCCUGCUGUCCAGUAUCCCUUUCUGGUUCCUGCCCAAGUCUUUGCCCAAGCAGGGGCAAGAGCAGAGCCAGAGUAAAGGAACAGAGCUCGCCACCACGGCAGAGCAGGAGAAUUUCCUGCCAGACGAAAACCAGGAACUGGAGGACAAGCCAGUUUCCUUCUCGGAGCUGGCGAAAGAUUUCAUUCCGUCCCUGAGGAGACUCUUCAAGAACAGCAUCUUCACGAUGAUGAUCCUUACGUACCUGGUGUCUGUCAACGGCUUCAUUGGCAUGAUCACCUUCAAGCCAAAGUACAUGGAGCAAAUCUUUGGCCAGUCAGCCUCCAAAGCCAUUUUCCUGAUAGGUAUACUGAACCUGCCAGCAGUAGCUUUGGGAUUCAUCACAGGAGGUUUUAUACUGAAGCGUUUCAGGCUGGGUGUCAUCGGAGCAGCUAGGGUGUCGAUCGCUGCCUCCCUCGGGUCCUUAAGUCUGCUUUUCAUUCAGAUCUUCAUCUACUGCGACAAGGCAGAGGUGGCAGGUCUUACUGUGUCAUAUCAAGGGGAUUCUCAAUUGUCCUACAACCAACAGACCUUGUUGUCCCAGUGCAACAUGGGCUGCUCCUGCUCAGUGAAGCACUGGGACCCAGUAUGCGCCUACAAUGGAGUGACGUAUGCCUCGCCCUGCCUUGCUGGCUGCCAGACCUCCUCCGGCACCGGCAAGGAAAUGAUGUUUCAUAACUGCACCUGCGCUGCAGAGAUGAUAACUCCCAGAACGAACAUGUCCGCCGUGCUGGGCCAGUGCCCCAGGAGGAGCAACUGUGAUAACAUAUUCAAAAUCUACAUGGCUUUGUCGGCCUUGGGGUCUUUCAUUUCAGCCUGUGGGGGCACGCCGGGAUACAUCGUAAUGCUCAGGUCGAUUCCGCAAGACCUGAAGUCACUGGCUUUGGGUAUGCAGACACUGAUAGUGAGAACUCUGGGUGGAAUACCUCCUCCAAUAUAUUUCGGAGCACUGAUUGACCGAACCUGUUUGAAGUGGGGCACCAAGCAUUGUGGAGGCCGUGGAGCAUGCAGAUUCUAUGAUGCUGAUUCGUUCAGAAUUACAUUCUUGGGGUUGAUUACGGGACUCUACUGCCUAUCCAACAUGCUCUGGGGAGGCCUCUAUAUCAAAAUUGUCAAGAGACAGAAGAAGUUAGCACUGAGGAAUCAGGCCAAAGAAAAUGGAGUAGAGGUCGACACGGUGGGCAAUGGACACGCAAACAUCAACAUUGCCAUAAAGAAAGAAGACGCAGGCAAUGAGAGCACUAUUUAAGGUGUUUGAGGAAGGCAGCACCACUGUGUAAUGCAGGCGAACUUUCCUUGCCGAAGUACUGUGCUGCAUCCAUAGUGGACCAAAUGUGGUAAUGGUACAGUUUGAGCGCUCUUUGGUCGUCGAGCAGUACACCCUUUUUUUUUUUUUUUUUUUUACACAGAUAUCUUGCUGUAAGCAUCAGCUGCAGUUUUAUUUUUUCACUUCAAAGGUCAAAACACUGUCUAAAGCUUGGUUUUAAUAUGAACAACAAUCAUAUCAAUCCACAUCUGCACAAAAAAGCAUAAACUUAGAGGUAAUUUUUAGCUCUUCUUCAAAACAUGCCGUUCACUUCUGAUGAUUUUCACUUCUGAUUAUGUUCACAUAUGAAACAUUUCAGCACAAUGUCAGAGGCAGUGAGCACAAAAUAUGCCAAAUAUUUGGAGAACGUUUAGCUUUUGACCUUGUGUCCCACAUUUAUACUUGAAUCCCAUUAAGUUAGGUAAUGAAAGUAAAGUUACACAACUUAACAUUCAACAUCAGUUUUGUAUACAGUAAAUGUACAAUCAAGUAUGUACAGUGUGUAGUUUAAAUUACUAGUAGAAGACAACUAGUGUUCGUGGCCUAAGAGGUGGUCAGAUCACUUAGUAACAUGACAUAUUGUUUAUGUUUUUGCAGUGAUUGAAAAACGUUUUCUUCUUUAAUGUUUUUCAGUGAGAGUUUGUGAGAUAAUACCGCAUACAUCAUAGUCUUCUUUAACAGUAUUGUAAUGAGGACCAUUGGGACAGCUAAGGUUUAAAUUCAGGGUGUGUUAGAGUUUAGUUAACAAGUUAACACCUGUUGUGUAACAGGUGUUAACUUUAUUACAUGGAUAGUGAAUCAGAUCAGGAUUCUUAAAGGGAUAAGGAAAUACUCUAUUUUUGUUUAACUAUAGCUGCUAUAAUUUGGACUGUUACAGAUUUGACUUCCUCAAUAGGUGACUGUUUUUGUUGCGAGAAAAGCCCCCAUACUGAAUUAUGAGACAGAUGGUUCCCACUGUAUGUCUGUGACUGCUGCGGGCUGAUUCAGUGAUUGAAAGCAGCAUAAUCUGUCUGAGAAAGAUAAAAGGAGUUGUCUAUGAUAAUAGAUCGGCCAAACCAAUAAUACUUGACAGCAAGUCUAUGUCUUCAAGCACUAUUUUCCUGAAAAUGCAAAUCUGUUGGAUGUGGAGACACAAGCACAACAGAUUUUUUUGUCAGGUGCAAAUCAAUUUUUGUGUAGUUUGCAUUUGAACGAACCUGCUUGUUUUGAGGCCAAAUAUGAAUAACUUAAAUGUAUAAUUCAGCAUAUCGGCAAAUGGGCUUGCAACCAGCAAAGACUAUGGAAUAAACAAAUGGGAUAUUAUGUUUUAAUUAAUAAUCUUUAGAGGCUGUGAUAAGCAGAUUUUGGUCUUUGGACAGAGGCAGACUAGCUGCAUCCCCCUGAUCCCGGGCUUUGUGCUUGGCUACCUAGCUGCUGGUAGUACCUUCAAAUUUAAGGAGCAGACCUGAGAGUGGGAUCAGUCAUCUCAUUUAGAUGUAUACAUAUUUUUCAAAGUGUGGAACUGUUGUUUUAGGACAUAAAGCUUUUUUUUGUUAUUGUAACGGGCUACAUCUUAGCCUGUUAAAACUUUACUGUGACUGUUGCCCCAGCAAUAUUUGACUUGUCUUGAUAUCUCACCUCUCUGACUUUACACACAUUUCUUGUUACAUCACAUCAUUACAUACAAUUGCUAAAGGUCAUGGACACUCAUGUAAUCACCUGACUCACUAAUGUUUAUUGUCUGAGAAAGUUCACUAUAGUUUGGACAGUGGACUAUUAGAAGGUGUAACCAUAACUUGUUUGUACGUGUUUUACUCUGUUAUAUACUGUAGUAUUCAAUGAAAAUGUAUCAUCAGCCUAGAUAUGUUUUUAUAUUCCCUAUAUUUUGUUUAAUCAUAAUUUCUACCUUCUUUGCAUCUUUCUUUUUUACAAAUUUGUUGAUUUUCCUUGAAUCUGUAAACAUUAAAGACAAUUUUUCACAAUAUAA